AUGGGUAGUGUGCAUAACAGCAUGGGAGAGUACUCGAAAGCACUUUCAUAUCACGAAAAAGCACUUGAAAUUCGACAAAAAGCUCUUCCUUCAAAUCAUCCUCAUUUGGCUACUUCAUACAACAACAUUGGUUUAGUGUAUGACAACAUGAGAGAGUACUCGAAAGCACUUUCAUAUCACGAAAAAGCACUUGAAAUCUAUCAAAAAACUCUUCCUUCAAAUCAUCCUGAUUUGGCUACUUCAUACAGCAACAUCGGUGUUGUGUAUAACAGCAUGGGAGAGUACUCGAAAGCACUUUCAUAUCACGAAAAAGCACUUGAGAUCGAUCAAAAAACUCUUCCUUCAAAUCAUUCUGAUUUGGCUACUUCAUACAGCAACAUUGGGUAG